GGUUGCAUCCGACCGACCGCGGUGGUGCGCGCCGCUUCCCACCCCUGAGGCGCCAGAACACCAGAAGGGCAUUCACGCGAGAGUCAUGGCGGAGCUGCUCGGCGGCGAGCAGGACCGCGCCGACGACGCCGCGGAGGCGGCAGCCGAGGAGGACGACAACGGCGAGGACGCCGUCGGCGACGACCUGGAAGACAUCAGGCGCCGUGCGCUCGGAGGACGAGGCGGCGACGCCGACACGGUCUUGACGACUGCGGAGGCGAACGUCUCGAACGUCACCUUCGACUGCGAGGUGGGGAAGGCCGACUUCGUACAAAGCGGGCUUGCGGACUGCUGCCAGAUGAAGGGUUUCGGCUGCGUGGCAUGGACCGAGCUGGCCAACGGCUACUGCUCGCCCACUGGCACCUACAUCAACGAAACCUACAACUUCGGCUCGGGCCAAGGGAAGGAUGGCUGCAAGGACGAGUGCGACCAGACCUCGACCUGCAACUUCGUGAUCUACAACUCGGCAACGGGGGUGUGCUCGAUGAGCAGCCACGAGGUCGCGCCGACUGACUGCAACAAGGAAGAGAAAUUCUGGUCAUUAUGGAAGCCCCCGUCACAGGCCGCACCUGCUCUUCCAGAGGGCGCCACGACGACCACCACGACGCCCCUGAAGGACGAAGACGCCCCUGUAUUCUUGGCGCCUUCCACGACGCUGCCGCUCUUCUUCGAGACGACGGU